AUGCCUGAAAAACACAAGUUGCACCUAUUUGGCAAACACAAGCAUGCGGGAAAAGAGUCUUCGGACGAAUUAUCUCCAUCAACAUCAAAUCAUUUGGCCAAUCGAAAAUUCCUCGGUUUCAGCAUUGGAAAACACGAUUCAGAAGAGUCCUUGACGUCCCCAGUGGUGACACAUACCUCUGAGCCGCAUCAUCCAUCUCACCAUCCUGUCCACCAGCCUUCAAAUCUUCAUCAGAACAAUGCCAAUGAAAAUGCUACCACCACCAGUGGUGGUGGCAGUAAAAAAGCUACACCAUCACCAAACCAGUCCCAUUCCAACAUUCAGUCAAUUGCACAGUCUCCCGGAAACCAUUUUCCACAAAAUUCCACCCAGCCUCAUCAGCAUCAACCACUGCAACUACAUCAUGAAGACCCCAGUUCAAAGAAAGUAGCUGGUUCAAUGGUUGAACUUAAACGGUUUUUCAAACCUACUAAAAAGAAUUCUAACUCUAAAAGAGAUGUUGGUGGAGGAGCAGUAGUAAGCAAUGGACAACAUCCAAAUAAUUUACAUUCGCCAUCACUCAAAGCCUCUGGAUCAGGAGGAGGAGGAGAAGGAGGAGGAGGAGGAGGAGGAGGAGCUCUUGCAGCAGCAAUGCAUCAUGCAGGUGCUGUUCAUAAUGCUAGCGGAAAGUCGGUACGAGAACAUUCGGGCACGUCAUUAGCAAAUAUGAUUAAUCAAACCUCGACUCAAUUGCUUCAUAAUGCCUCAUACUCUCAGAACAAUAACCGGGAUCCAUUCACAGAUGACAAUUCACCAUUGGUGAAAAAAUACGGGAAAAUAGGUAAGGAAUUAGGCAGUGGUGCUGGAGGUUCAGUGAAACUCAUUACUCGCCCGCUGGAUUCCAAAACUUUUGCAGUCAAGGAAUUUAGAGCACGUAGAUCAACAGAAACACUCAAGGACUAUACUAGGAAAUGCACUGCUGAGUAUUGUAUUGGCUCCACAUUGAAACACCCCAACAUUAUCAAAACGAUAGAUAUAGUACAUCAAAACCAUAAGUAUUUUGAGGUUAUGGAGUAUGCCCCAGUGGAUUUCUUUGCCGUUGUAAUGAGCGGAGAAAUGUCUCGUGCUGAGAUAAACUGUUGUCUUAAACAAAUUUUGGAAGGUGUUAGUUAUUUGCACAAUUUAGGUUUAGCACACCGAGAUUUGAAGUUAGACAACUGUGUGAUUACAACUGAUGGAAUACUCAAGAUUAUUGAUUUUGGAAGUGCUGUGAUAUUCAAAUACCCAUAUGAUCAAUAUGGAAAUUCAAAAGACAGCAUUCACCCUUGUCAUGGAAUUGUUGGAAGUGAUCCUUAUUUGGCCCCUGAAGUUUUGAAAUCCCCAAAUUCUUAUAAUCCCCAACCUGUAGAUUUAUGGUCAAUUGCAAUAAUAUACUGUUGCAUGACGCUUAAAAGAUUUCCUUGGAAAAUACCUAAUGUUGAAAAGGAUAAUAGCUUCAAAUUGUACUGUAUGCCAGAUGAUAACUUCCAUGACUAUUAUCUAAGUAACGAGUGUCAUAAACUUCUACUUCAACAAAGAAAGUUGAAGAAUAUAAUUGUUCGACUGAAUAAAAAGAAGAAACUUCUCGAGGAAGGAGCACUUGCUACAUCCGAAAAAAGUGGACGAAUAGAAAAAGAAGACAAAGAAAUAAAGAAGGAAAAGGAAAAGGAAGAGGAAGAAGAAGAGGAAGAGGAAGCGGAAGACGAGGCAAAGGAAAAAGGGGGCCAAGAAGAGAAGAAGGAAAAGGGUGGCGAAGAAGAGAUGAAAGAGAAGGGAGACGAAGAAGAGGCGAAGGAAGCGGAGGAAAAGGUAGAAGGAGAACAAAAAAAUGAGGGUUCUGUAGAUCAAACGGGAAAUAGUGAACAGGUGGUAGGUGAAACCGAUACCAACGUCGAGAAAAAAACAUCACUGGACACAGGCGAGGAUAUUCUCACUGAAGAGCAAGAACAUGAAAUUUUGGAACAUUUGAAGAAAAUUGAUCUUCAAUUAGAGCAUUACGAAAACCGCAAGUCUGAACUCAAAGCUCAAUUCAAUGAACAACGUAAAAAAAAUGAUCCUGAACCUAAGCAACAAGAGAAGCAAGAAUCUAACCAGCAACAAACAACCACAGACUCAUCAGAGAAAAAGAAACCGUCACAUAAGCAAAUCCAUGGUCCUUAUAGAUUAAUGCGGUUAUUACCACACGCAUCAAGACCAAUUAUUCAUAAGAUGUUGCAAGUGGAUGUCAAAAAGAGAGCAUCAAUAGAAGAUAUAAUGAAUGAUGAAUGGAUUAGAGAUAUCAAAUGCUGUACGUUGAAGAGGGAGACUCGAAGUGCAGAUAACAUUGGCGCCAAUUUUGAUGAGGAUGAUAAGGAGGUAGUGGUAAAGGGGUCACCACCGCACCAUCAUACUGUGGUUUUAGAAUCGUAA